AUGGUGUGGACUAACCAUUAUAAUGCACUUGUAGCACCUCGUGCACCUAUUCUGAGUUUUCAUAUAACCACCAAUGUAGACAUAGGUGCUCGACAAUCAACUCAGGUGUCAUCUACAUCAAAUCAACAAGCUUCCGAGAACAACUCAACUGGUACACUGAUGACGACCACAACAGUUGAUGCAACAGUAGCGGCACCAUCUCUACCUACUGAUACUACCACCGUUCCACCUUUCGAUGACACCCUAACAAUCAUUGGUUCUUUGCAAAAAGUGGUUAAUAAUCUGAUUUGUGCACUAUCUUCUUCGUUUCCAUUCAAGGAUCUUGGUCGCAUAUACUACUUUUUGGGGAUUGAAGUUGUUCAAAAUUUAGGAGGGGUUACUCUGAUGCAACACAAUUAUGCCUUGGAUUUACUUCGUUGUGCUCAUAUGGUGAAUUGUAAAAGUGUUUCAACCCCAAUAUCUGUGACUGAGAAACUAGCUCAUGAUUAUGGUAAAGCUCUAAGUGAUGAUGAUGUGUUCAAAUAUAGAAGUUUGGUUGGUGGUCUUCAAUAUCUCACACUAACACGACCGAAUAUAUCAUUUGCUGUAAACAAAGUUUAUUGGGAUGGUUGUCUAGAUUAUCGUAGAUCAACCGGAGGCUUUGAUGUAUUCUUAGGGCCUAAUUUUAUUUCUUGGAGCUCUCAAAAACAACUCAUGGUGUCCAGAUCAAGUAUAAAAGCCGAAUACAAGGCGUUUGCUAAUUGUACAACAAAAGCAACUUGGGUACAAUCCUUACUCAAAGAACCAGGUGUUCAUCAAUCUCGACCACCGGUGUUAUGGUGUGAUAAUCUUGGAGCCACUUAUCUAACUGCUAAUCCUGUGUUUCAUGCUCGUGCAAAACACAUAGAAGUUGAUUUCCAUUUCGUUUGUGAGAUAGUAGCAAUGUGUGCACUCGAUGUUCGUUUAUCUUCUGGAGAUUAG